AUGUGGGCGGCAGGUCGUCUUCAGGAAUACCAGGUCAUCGGCCGCCACCUGCCCUCCGAGGCGAACCCCACCCCCAAGCUCUACCGGAUGCGAAUCUUCGCCCCGAAUGAGGUCGUCGCCAAGUCCCGCUUCUGGUACUUCUUGAUGAAGCUGAAGAAGGUCAAGAAGGCCAACGGCGAGAUUAUCAGCCUGAACAAGAUCGCUGAGAAGAACCCCCUUCGCGUCAAGAACUUCGGUAUCUGGAUCCGAUACGACUCGCGCUCCGGUACCCACAACAUGUACAAGGAGUACCGUGAGAUGUCAAGAACGGAUGCUGUCGAGGCCAUGUACCAGGACAUGGCUGCCCGCCACCGAUCUCGUUUCCGAUCGAUCCACAUCCUCCGCGUCGUCGAAAUCGAGAAGACCGAUGACAUCAAGCGCCCUUACAUUAAGCAACUCGUCGCCAAGGGCCUCUCCUUCCCUCUGCCUCACCGUGUUCCCCGUACCAGCACGAAGAAGAUCUUCAGCGCUACCCGACCGUCCACAUUCGCAUAA